AUGUUUCUUGAAGGAAAGACGAAUCAAUCAUAUAAGAACUCCAGUUUUCAUCCUAUGUCCAACGGACAUUGUGAAAGUUUGGUUAAAACAUUUAAAAGCUCUAUGAAGAAAAUGGUGAAUUCAGGUGUUGGAGUGGAUGAAGCGUUGGAUAGAUUUUUGUUUAAUUUUAGAAUAGUCUCACAUGACCAUGGUAAAGAAUCACUGUCUGAAUUUUUGUUUGGGAAGAGACUUCGUUUAAACCUGGAUGGUUUAAGAGAAGAACGUUUUCAAGUAUUACAAGUUCCAGAAGUUUCAAAAUUUCAAGAAGGAGAGAAUGUGUAUGUGCGUGAUUACAAAUUAGAUAAGAACUGGGAGAAGGGAAAAGUAAACAAGGUUGGAGGUCAAAAUUCUUUAUUAUGUUCAAACAGAAACACUUAA